AUGGAAAAAGAAUCAGUAUACAACUUAGCGCUGAAAUGUGCUGAGCGGCAAUUGACCUCCAUGGAAUUUUCAAAUCUGUACAAAGAAUUCUUUAAUGAGAAGUUUCCGUCAUUGAUUCAAGAGGAAGAAGAAGAUACAACAGCAGCAACGGCAGCAAUAAAUGAAGCUAAGAAAGCAUCCAAUUUGGCGGAUACACCCGGCAGCAACGCGGCUGCUACUGCAGAUACCACACAUUUGCACGAAGCUCUAGAUGUUGUUUGCUCUGAUUUUGUUAAAAUAUUAAACCUGGAGAAGCCUCUUAUCUUGGCGGAUUAUAUCGUCGAGGUAUUACUUGUGAACUACAAUUCAGAUAUGAUAAAAUGUUUUUUGCCCAAAUUGAACUCCGUUACGAUCUCCCUACUAUUGGCCCAUUUCUUCUCUAAAUCUUGUUCAUUCUUUGCCAAAUUAUCAGACACUUUGGUAAUUGAUCAAGUACGCAAGGAUUUGGGAACUGUAAUAGUACCGAAUAUCUUAAAUCUGGACAUGAGUGGCAUGAAUAAAGAACUGAAUGCCAUAAUAGCAAAGCUUUUGCAAACAAUUUUGAAACUAUCUUCCUCACCAAUUCUUUUAACUUCUGCCAGCUGUAAAAAUGGUUCUUUCACGCUAUUAAAUCAGUUAUCGCAAACCAACAAGUUACUUUUCAGAAGGGUUUCCCAGACUUUCGAAGCAAAAUUACAUUUCAAGGAUGCCAAGCCAUAUUUAAACAAAGAUUCCACUAACGAAUUUGUAGGUUCUCCUUCGUUAACCUCCCCACAAUAUAUUCCAAGUCCACUUUCUUCAACGAAACCUCCAGGGUCAGUCAAUUCUGCUGCCAAAUAUAAAGACAUGAAACUUCUUCGUUACUAUAAAAACAUUUGGUUGAACAAUAAAAUCAUCAAUUGGGAAAUAUCAAACUCAGACUUCCUAUCGAAAUAUUCCGCAAUUAGUUCUUCCAUAUUUCAAGAGAAUUUUAAUUCAGUCCAAAACCUGGAUCAGUUACUUACUGACUUGAUAGAAACAUCGUUUACUUGUUUUGCUCAAUUUGUUAGCAAUAAGCAAUAUCAUCAAGCUAAUUCUAAUUUGACGCUGUUAGAAAGAAGGUGGGUCAUUUUCAUAACUAAACAUUUACCAUUGUUGAUCCUGGAAAACUCCUCAAGAAAUCCUCGUGUAGUCACGAGUGCCCUAGAUAAUAUUGACGAAAAAGUCAUUAAAGCGAUCAGGAUAUAUUUCACCGAGAAGGAUGACAACAAAUCAAAUAACGAAGAUCUAUUUGAUGAUUAUCCAUCUACAAGCUUAGAUAUAAGACACGACUUCAUCAAAGGGUUGAUUAUGUUAAAUUUGCAGCCCGCGUCCGUUAUCAACAAUUACUUGAGAGAGGACCAAAUGAUCGAUACCAGUAUUUUACCUACAAGUGAUGAUUUGGUUGUUCGUAAUUUGCAAGGUAUUCAAGAAGUGGUCCAUAAUACCAACAGUUUCAUAAUUUCGUCUCUGGAAACGCUCGAGUUAGAAUCGAUCACCGAAUCGAUCACACAUGAUUCGAGUAACGGACUAUUUCAAGUAUUGCACAAUUUUGAAUCUGUUGCUCCAACGAAACAACGUGAGAUAGUAAAGGCCAUUCUGUCUAUAUUUGACGAUGCAAUAAAAGAAUUGAAUUAUAACAGAAUAACCAAGAUUUGUGCUCUCUUGUUUUUCAACUUCUCACAUUCAUUGACAACAAUUCUUACCUUUUCUUCACCAACAGCACUAAUGGAAACAUUGAUAAGGUUUGUUGAUUCGUCUAAAAAUGGCAGAAAUGGUUCUAACAGUAACGAUGAAAGUUCAGAAUAUGAGACUGUCAACAUUUCUUUAUCAUUUUCUUGGGCAAUUUUACUGAUAAUCAACCUAACACAAACAUAUGGCAUAUCUGUGGUGGACGUAGCACUUAAAUAUCCUGAAUUAAGCAUAAAGAAUUCCUUUAUAAUCAACUUCAUUUCAAACCUACCUAAUGUGUCGGACAAGUACUAUUUGGAGGAAUCCAAUGUGAAUGAUUCAGAUAUGCUAACUAAGUCUCAUAAUACUGUUCAGAGUUGGCUUUGUGAUCUUUUUGUCAAUGGGUCCAUAACAGAUCAAUUGAUUCAAAAUAUUGAGACAAAACAAUUGGCUAACCUCAUACCAUUCAUUGUUAAACAGGUGUUGCUAUCAGUUGAGAUAGGCGCUUUAACGGAUAUUUCAAGUUUGAUAGGUGGCUUUGAAUAUUUUUUACAACCUUUAUUAUUAAUUGGGCUAAUAAAGACUUUUUAUUGGCUAGAACAAUUUCUUUCUUGUGUCAAGAAUGACACAAUAUCUGAAGAUAUUUUACAAGGGAUAUUCAAUCUAUUGAAUACACUUUUCAACCCAGUAACUCUUAACGAAGAUUCAAAAGCGUUCCAUACCGCGGUGUUGAGGUUAAAUGCGAUCCCAUUACUCAAAGUUCUCCGCAGAUUUAGAGUUCAGAGUCAGUCAAAUUAUGGUAUCUACUCUUCUGAUGCCCAAGGUGAUCCUAAUUUAGAACCUUUGAUCGCGAAAUUAGUUUCAGUUCUGAAUGUAUCACCCGUUUAUGACGUUGAUCCAAGGAUCAUCAAUUCAGAAAAUGAUUAUUCUAGAAAGCAGCUGGGAUAUGGUAAAUUCCUAAUUUUGAACGAAAACCCGAUCAACAAGAUAAUGACUAAUCAAAUUAACUCAUUUUGGAGUCUUCACAGUAGCACAUAUUACAACUUAGAUUACUUGUUUGAAUUGAUCGAAUUGGUAACCCCAAAGAGUUUUCUCUUUGAUGUUUUGAAAACAUUGGAAUAUAAAUUAACCACUUAUGGUGUUCCUGGCUCUAAAAACAAAAGGGGAUCAUUGGAUUCAGAGCAUGUUUUCGAUUAUUUUUUCUACUUCCUUGUACUCUAUGACGUGAGUACAGCGGAAGAAGCCAGUCAACUAAUAGAAUAUAUGGAGAAUGACGCAAAGAAAAGUAAGGAGGACAUUGAUAUAAAAAGCGAGGAUUUGCAAGAGAAAAAUGAUUCAGCUGAGCUGAAGCAAGAAACCCAACCGAAAACCGAAGCAACUCAAGACGAUGAUUUCGAUAUGCUUUUUGGGGAGAAUGACACAAGCACUCAAGCCUACGAAGAAGAUGAAGAGAAUGAGAACAACGAUGGCACUGAUAAAGGAAACAGUAUAUCAAUGAUAAAAGCAGAAGAAGCCCCAAAUAAGAAUAAUAACAAUAUAUCUGUUUUAAAGAGGCAUUCGUUUGCGGUACUUCUUCAUGAAAGGAAAUUGUUGAACGAUUUAGCCUUGAAAAGCGGCGAGAUAACCAAGAAGGAACAUGAAAAGUUUAUCAGAUAUCACGAUAAAUACUUGUGCAUGCUGAAAACAUGCGUCUUUUGA